AUGGAGGAGAGGCCAGAGAGGAUUUUGGGGAUUACAGAGGGAGCGUGUGUGGCAUUAUAUCUGUUGUUACAGCUCCGUCUCAGACACACUCCUCACACACCACACAGGAGAGGAGACCAUCUAUUUCAACAUUAAAGGAAGACCUUUCUAUUAUUACACACAUUGAUAAUAACAAAUACAUCAGGAGAGAAGAAUAACUGAGACGAGUAAGGAGGGGAGGAAAGGAAAGGAAAGGAGAGGAUAGAAAAAGAUAGUAGAGGAGCUGAGAAGAAGAAGAAGAGGGGGUAGUAGAAGGAAGGGGAAGGGAGGAGAGGAGUGCAGAGCAGAGGGAUGUAGAAUAGGUCUGGUGCAGCCCAGAUGCUUAAUGGAUGACUGAUCAAUGAGCUGCUGUAAUUAAUACCACAGACCAGGAUGAAAUAUUGAUUAAGGCUUCGCUCUCUUUCUUUCUUCCUCUUUUUUUCUCUCUUUCUCCUCUCUCUCCCCUAUCUCUCUGUCUCUCUCUCUCUCUCUCUCUCUCUCUCUCUCUCUCUCUCUCUCUCUCUCUCUCUCUCUCUCUCUCUCUCUCUCUCUCUCUCUCUCUCUCUCUCUCUCUCUCUGUCUCUCUCUGUCUCUCUCUCUGUCUCUUUCUACUUCAGAUUGAACUCCCUCCCUGCCCCUCAGACAGUUGCGCUCCAGCAAAGCGGCUUCCCUGAAAUCUACAAAAUAAAAAUAAAUGCCAGUGUGCCGUUGUAGAGCACACAUUGUCGGAUGCGCUGACUUGAAACAAGGCUAUUAGGCGAUAUGAUCCCCUCUGAUGAAUAUUGCAACAGAGUCUUUAUUGGCGAGAUCUAUCGCUGCACUGUACAACGCUCAUUCUCUACACCAAGUAGCCUGUCUGUAUCCCUCUCUGUCUUACCAUCCGUUAAAAAAGCCAGCUUUCUAAAGGCAGAUGCGUUCGACAUGAUGUUUUCAUAAUUGAUAUUGCACACACUUGUCUUGACAGAAGGUUGCUGGCCCUGUGGCAUCACCAACUAGGAAAGCAUUUGCACAAGGUGCCUUGAUGGUUUAUGACGUAGCCCGACUGAAAUGUUGCUAUUUUCAAUCAUUGUAAAUACAUACAGCGUAUGGGAGUCACUCUGUAAUAUAGCCUGAACGUUGCUGGCCUGGCGUGAUCAUAUGUUCCAUUAAAGUUUCAGGGCCAAGAAAAAGCAAGGCUGAAUGCUGCUCUUUAGGGCCAACCUACUGUAGGUUGUUCUCCCUCAGAAGGUUAUUGUAUUGUACGGCGCCAGACUGGGACAGGACUUUGAAGGGGCCAGAUUGAUUAGUUCGAUCUCCCAGCCUCCUAGCAGACUCCCUGAGUCUCUGUCUGCCCUCCUUUCUUUCACCCAGACUCCAUUACCCAUCGAUUUUCCUUCCCUCACAAACGCACAGGCAAGGUCAGAUAACAUCCUUUCAACUCCUCGGCCUCUCUAACCGACGACGAUGUGCAGUCUAUAGGGAGGAGGUCAGUGACCUGGCAGUGUGGUGCCAGGACAACAAACUCUCCCUCAACAUCAGCAAGACAAAGGAGCUGAUCGUGGACUACAGGAAAUGGAGGGCCGAGCAAGCCCCCAUCCACAUUGCCAGGGCUGUAGUUGAGCGGGUCGAGAGCUUCAAGUUCCUUGGUGUCCACAUCGUUAAGGAAUUAACAUGGUCCACAGAUACCAAUACAGUCGUGAAGAAGGCAUGACAAUGCCUCUUCCCCCUCAGGAGGCUGAAAAGAUUUGGCAUAGGCCCCCAGAUCCUCAAAAACCUCUACAGCUGCACCAUUGAGAGCAUCUUGACUGGCUGCAUCACUGCUUGGUAUGGCAACUGCUUGGCAUCCGACCACAAGACGCUACAGAGAGUAGUGCGGACUGCCCAGUACAUCACUGGGGCCAAGCUCCCUGCCAUCCAGGACCUCUAUACCAGGCGGUCAAAGAAUUCAGGCACCCAAGUCAUAGACUGUUCUCUCUGCUUCCACAUGGCAAGCGGUACCGAUGUACCAAGUCUGGAACUGAGAGGACCCUGAACAACCCCCAAUCCGUAAGACUGCUAAAUAGUUAGUCCGGGUAGCUAUUGGUUAACUAUUCAACUAUAUGCAUUGACCCUUUUUGCACUAAUUAUUUUGACUCAUCACAUAUGCUGCUGCUACUGUUUAUUAUCUAUCCUGUUGCCUAGUCACUUUAUCCCUACUUAUAUGUACAUAUCUUCCUCAAUUACCUUGUACCCCUGCACAUCGAUUUGGUACUGGUACCCCUGUAUAUAGCCAAGGAUUCGGUACUCAUUGUGUAUUUAUUCCUCAUUAAAAAAAAUAUAUAUAUAUUAUAAAAAAAUAUAUAUCUCUGCAUUGUUGGGAAGGACCCGUAAGUAAGCAUUUCACUGUUUGUCUACACCUGUUGUUUACGAAGCAUGUGACAAAUACAAUUUGAUUGGAUUUGAAGAAACAAUAGUGUGCUUUUCAUUCUGUCAAUCUAUAAUAAAGAGGCUCAAAUGAAUCCCCAGCUACUCUAAGGUUCAACAGUAUGUGUACUAUGCAGCUCUGGGCCUUCGUUUGGCUGCAAAUGUCUGCAUGAAAAAUUGAAAAUCAAAGUAUUUAAUUCAAGCAAAAAAAAAAUGUUAUUUGCUGCUUGCAUGCUUGGAAAUUUUAUGGCAAACAAAUUUGCAAUUAAGAAUUCCCUCUUGGAUAAGGUUUAGGAGAGAUUUGAAAGGAAAAGCACUCACCCCUGAAGUGUGUGUGUGUGUUGUGUGUGCAUGCGUGCGCAUGCCUCUGCGCUUGUGUGUGCUUCCGUCGAUGUGUUAGUGUGUGUGUCAUUGAGAUCAGGUUGUGUUUUCUUGCUGGUGAUGGCCUUAUCUGGAGGAAUCGGCCUGACUGCAGGCCCAUUCGUUUUAAUUUUUGCUGCUGAGCUGAACACUGCCACUAACUUUGGAAGCCAUUCAACACAGAAAAAAAACUGGGGCUGGUUUUUGUAAACAACUUCUAUUUAGGCCCAGAGAAGAAGGAAAAAAACUUGGCCCGGAAUGAAAGAAGUUCAACUAAGAGGGAGAGAGUCACUUGAGGGGAAGAGGUAGGGGGAUGGGGAGAGGGGAGGGGAGGGGGGAGGUUAAAGAGCAAUGCUCUGAGUGGAAAAAACAACAACAUAGAAGUACUUCAAUUUAGAGAGGUGGAGAGCAAGUACAGUGGUUCCUCAAUUAAAAGUUGCGUCAUAUCACAGUAUAGCGUGCGGUAAAUCCCCCCCUCCACAAGGGUGCAUCUCAAUGGUCUUACUUUCCUCAUCCCCUCUCUAUGGUAUGAGUAGAUGAUGAAGGAAAGGAGCAGACAAGAGGAGGCAGAUUGAGACUUGAGAUCCAUAUAGCAACCUCAUACCCACAAAUCAUUCUCAGCUUGAAUUAUCACUUUCUUAGGAAGCCAAAAUAAAUACAAACAAGACAUGUGACAGACGGGAACCUGUUUUUAUUGUUUUCAAAGUGAGACAGAGUGAGAGAAAAUAUGAAGAAAAAACAACAACCUUUGAGUUUUUCUUCAUUGUUUGCAGUCAAAUUAGUUUACAUUUACACCUACACAGCCAUGCCUGUUUAGAUCAUUGCUUUUAUGUUGUGCUACAGCUCGGAGCCAUGUAUUUUUUCUCCCCAGCGUUUGUUUAAUGAAUGUGAUAUACCACCCAUGCAAAAUGGGCUUUAAGCGCUCAAGGCCUCCUCUGUGGCGGUAAGCAAAGGCUUCCCAGACUGUGCGCACACACACACACACACACACCAGCCAGAAGAGGAGAAUAUGCGGGUGCUCUGCGUACCCCUCCCUCUACCACACAUAAUCGGCACAGCUUGAAAGAGCUCAUAAAUCGGCCUACCACAAUGGAUUAUAGGGGGAGAAAUGUGAGCCCCUAGCAUUUUGCAUGGCGCUGUGCCAAGCCAUGGACAGGCCGAUUCUCUUUGUUAUUAAAAGUGGGGAAAACACAGGGAGAUGUUUGGGUGUUGGCUGGCUGAGAGAUGUACUGUGUACCCACUCACUGCACCGCCUUUCCUGUGUCAGUGUUAGGGGGUUUGAGGCCUUGCUUUGUAAUGCUGGGUUUUACUAGAGCCGCCUGUUAUGUAUGCAGUGUCUGUGCCCACAUACUGGUGGCUAACUGGUUGCUCAACUGGCUGCUAGCUAUGCCACCUACUUGGUAACUCUCGUAUGAGGUGGAUUACAGAAAGUUCAAUCUAUACUAUAGCGCCUGAGUUACUACAUUUUCCAGGGGGAAUUAAACGUUGACUAAAACACGUUUCAUGUUUUGCCUUGCGCUCUCUCAAAUAAAUUCAUUUACAUUUUAGUCAUUUAGCAGACACUCUUAUCCAGAGCAACUUACAGUUAGUGAAUACAUAUUUUUUUAUACUGGCCCCCCGUGGGAAUCGAACCCACAACCCUGGCGUUGCAAACACCAUGCUCUAUCAACUGAGCUACAUCCCUGCCGGCCAUUCCCUCCCCUACCCUGGACGACACUGGGCCAAUUGUGCGCCGCCCAUGAGUCUCCUGGUCGCGGCCGGCUGCGACAGAGCCUGGAUUUGAACCAGGAUCUCUAGUGGCACAGUUAGCACUGUGAUGCAGUGCCUUAGACCACUGCGCCACUCAGGAGUACAUUUCAUUUCAAUUGCAAUUUAAGGACUUUAUUGGCAUGGGAAGCAUGUUAAAUAGAUCAUAAACAUUACACUCACAAAAGUUCCAAAAUAAUAAAGAUAUUUCAAAUGUCAUAUUAUGUGCAAAUAGUUAAAGUACAAAAAGGAAAAUAAAUAAACAUAAAUAUGGGUUGUAUUUACAAUGGUGGUUGUUCUUCACUUGUUGCCCUUUUCUUGUGGCAACAGGUCACACAUAUUGCUGCUGUGAUGGCACACUGUGGUAUUUCACCCAAUAGAUAUGGGAGUUUAUCAAAAUUGGGUUUGUUUUUGAAUUAUUUGUGGGUCUCUGUAAUGUGAGGGAAAUAUGUGCCUCUAAUAUGGUCAUACAUUUGGCAGGAGGUUAGGAAGUGCAGCUCAGUUUUCACCUCAUUUUGAGGGCAGUGUGCACAUAGCCUGUCUUCUCUUGAGAGCCAGGUCUGCCUACGGUGGCCUUUCUCAAUAGCAAGGCUAUGCUCACUGAGUCUGUACAUAGUCAAAGCUUUCCUUUAGGUCAGUCACAGUGGUCAGGUAUUCUGCCACUGUGUACUCUCUGUUUAGGGCCAAAUAGCAUUAUUUUUUGUUGUGGAUUCUUUCCAAUGUCAAGUAAUUAUCUUUUUAUUUUCUCAUGAUUUGGUUGGUUCUAAUUGUGUUGCUGUCUUGGGGCUCUGUAAGGUCUGUUUGUGUUUGUGAACAGAGCCCCAGGACCAGCUUGCUUAGGGGACUCUUCUCCAGGUUCAUCUCUCUGUAGGUGAUGGCUUUGUUAUGGAAGGUUUGUGAAUCGCUUCCUUUUAGGUGGUUGUAGAAUUUAACCGCUCUUUUCUGGAUUUUGAUAAUUAGCGGGUAUCACCCUAAUUCUCCUCUGCAUGCAUUGUUUGGUGUUUUACAUUGUACACUGAGGAUAUUUUUGCAGAAUUCUGUCCCAUUUUGUGAAUUCUUGGUUGGUGAGCAGAACCCAGACUGGGUUCUAUAACUGUUUAAAGUAUUCUUAGCCAGAUUCUAAUUGGUAUGUCAAAUUUGAUGUUCCUUUUGAUGGCAUAGAAGGCCCUUCUUGUCUUGUCUCUCAGAUAAUUCACAGCUUUGUGAAAGUUACCUGUGGCGCUGAUGUUUAGGCCAAGGAAUGUGUCGUUUUUUGUGUGCUCUAGGGCGACAGUGUCUAGAUGGAAUUUGUAUUUGUGGUCCUGGCAACUGGACCUUUUUUGGAACACUAUUAUUUUUGUCUUACUGAGAUUUACUGUCAGGUCCCAGGUCUGACAGAAUCUGUGCAGAAGAUCUAGGAGUUGCUGUAGGCCCUCCAGUUAGUGGAUUUCAAAUCUAGAUAACGCUCUCUGGGGUGCUUUGAUUUGCACAGUAGCAUGUCCCAGAUGGUGGUAGUAGUUUUAAUAUGGACUCAUUUGCCAUGGCAGGUUUGGGUCACGCUAUGGGACAGACUCCAUGGAUCUAUGCAAAUCUAUGCACUUCUCAAAACGCAAAUCCAGGCCCUAGAAAGCCACUAUCUGCAAUGGAUUGAAAAGCAGCCAAAGUAAACAAGGUCUUUCUGGUCUGACUUCUCCCCACGUUCUCUUUUUGUCUCUGUCUGCUUUCUGCCUGCUCUCCUUCCUAACUGCUUACCAUUCUGUCUCCAACCAGUAGCUCUUAAGCUGAGGGCAGUAUGCCUAUAGAGAAAGUGCAAAUAAGUACUGCAGGAUAAGUAGAACUGAUUAAUUCACUGACCUUUAGUAUAACAGAACAACAGUUCUGUAUUAUAAGUGCACCAUUGCUAGAAUGCCAAUAAGAGGAUAUUUUAAGGCCAUGAAUGACACUCCAUCAACAUCAUGUAAUAUACAGUGGUUGUCUGGUAUAACACAUCCCUCUCUCCCUACCAUUCUCCUCCUCUCUCUCACUCCUUCUCUCCCACUCUCUCACUGUCCUCCUCUCCACCUCUCUCCUGCUGUCCUUCCCUCCUUCUCAUUCUCUCCUUUCUUAUCUCUCUCUCUCUCUUAUCCCCACAGCUCAACUCUAUUAUGACACACCAUAAUCCAUAGACAUUUCUGCCAUCAUCCUAAAUAACAGACCCCUUCUCUCUCCCCCCCCCCCCCCCCUCUCUCCCUCUCUCUCUCCCCCUCUCCUCCCCACAGCCAAGAUAAAGUCCAAGUGUGCUCCGACAUUUUUCGCCUGUGCCAACGGGAUCCACUGUAUCAUCGGGCGCUUCCGUUGUAACGGCUUCAGUGACUGUCCUGACGGGAGCGACGAGGAGAACUGCAGUGAGUAUCCCAUGGCAACCACCUCCCAUCCCAUAAUAAUCCUUACAACCGCAACCAAUCAUGACCCUAAUAUAUAAUUGUCAUGGAAACUACUCUCUAUUUAGCCACAUACUGUAUUCACACUCUGUCACGCCCUGACUCAGAGGACGCUUAUAUGUUGAGUCAGGGUGUGUAUAUUCCUUGUUGUGUUUUUCUAUGUUCUAUUUUCUAUGUUUAGUUCUAGUAUGUCUAGAUCUAUGUUGGCCGGUGUGGUUCCCAAUCAGAGGCAGCUGUCGCUCGUUGUCUCUGAUUGGGGACCAUACUUAGGCAGCCUACUGGCACUAGUGGGUUGUGGGAUCUUGUUCCGUGUGAGGUAUGUUGUUUGUUGAACCUUGGACUUCACGUUUCGUUUAGUUUGUUGUUUUGUCGUUGUGUUUAUUCAUUAUAAUAUACAUGUAUGCAUAUCACGCUGCACCUUGGUCCGUCCCGUCUAUAAACGAACGUGACAGAAGAUCCCACCAGACCUGGACCAAGCAGUGUGCCGAGGAGGAGCAGAGAGGAUGGACUUGGCAAGAAAGAGGGAGGCCCUGAUCAGGGUGGAGAGGCAAUCCCCCCAAAACAUUUUUUGGGGCGGCACACGGUGUGGACGACGAGGCAGCAGGAGGCCGCGACAGGGCGGAUCUGCUGGUUAGGAGAGGAGGCCACCAGAUUACGGGGGCCAUUGGUUCAGAGGGAGCAGAAGGAAGGUGUAGAGGCACGGCGAGAGGAGCUGGUUAGGCAAGCAAGUGGUGCGUGUCGCCAGUCCGGUCCGGCCCGUUCCUGCUCCCCGCACUAAGCCAGUGGUGCGUGUUCCCAGUACGGCCCGGCCCUUCCUGCCCCUCGCACCAAGCCAGUGGUGCGCGUUGCCAGCCCGGCCCGGCCUGUUCCUGCCCCUCGCACCAAGCCAGUGGUACGCGUCGCCAGCCCGGUCCGGCCUGUUCCUGCCCCUCGCACCAAGCCAGUGGUGCGCGUCGCCAGCCCGGUCCGGCCUGUUCCUGUCCCUCGCACCAAGCCAGUGGUGCGCGUCGCCAGCCCGGCCCGGCCUGUUCCUGCCCCUCGCACCAAGCCAGUGGUGCGCGUCGCCAGCCCGGCCCGGCCUGUUCCUGUCCCUCGCACCAAGCCAGUGGUGUGCGUCGCCAGUGGUGUGCUGGGAGCUGCGCACUCUGAGAGCCGACCACAUCAUCUCCAUUGCGUAAUUGUCUGAAUAUUGUCAUAAGAUAAUUCUGCCUAAUUCUGCCCAGGCUUGGAACAAAGGCCAAGCAGCAAAGUGUUCUGAUGUCUCUCAUGCUAGUUGAGUUAGAUUUUUUUAUCUAAUCAAAAACCCAGAUCAAAUGGUUUUACUGUAUCUCUCGAUCCUGUGUAAUGUGUUACAUUUUUUCAUUACUUCCCUCUUCAAAUUUCUCUAUCUAAAAUCCCAACGUUUCUGUUAAAUUGGACUGUGUUACAGUAUAUGUUUUGGAUUGAGGUUUCUCUUAUUUUUUUGGACUGCUUCCGCUCUUCAGUUUAACACCUAAAGUGCCAGGCCACGAGGGACCCCACUUUGAGCCAAUGACGUGUCUUUUGGGCGUGAACAUUCUAACGGUCUAAUAAAUAAAUGUCAUGCUAUUGGAAAAAUAAUCCUUUGGUUGGGUUUAUGAAGGUCUUAGGUAACAUUAGAAUAUGGGAAAAAUGUGGUUAAUGUUACUGUAGGCUACAUGUAAAAAUUAAAAACCACUAAUGGAGUGCGUUUGCACAACUAUAAAAAAAUAAGCAUGUGCAUUGGAACACAGGAACAGCUUCAUUUUACAAUGACAAAACAAAUACAAAUACCCAAACCACUAAGACGCACGGUCAGCAAGACACACGGUCAAAUAAAGAAAAUAUCAGUAUCCUAAACAUCAGUAUAAGUGCCAAGUGUGCUUGAUAAAUAGUGAAAAUCAGCACUAAAGCAAAAAUAGUCCGUUAUUGGACACAUUAUUUCUGGCCUCACUCGUGCUUACAGAGUGGCGUGUGUCUUCAUGCAAUGGAAUCAGUUGGAUCUCAUUUAGCUGUUAUCCCUUGUCCUUACAGUCGACACAAAUAUUUGUUGCUUUGUGUUGCUUGCAACACUUCCCAUAAACAUGUCGCUUGCAGGUGGCACAGGUGUUGUAGGCUCUGUUCCGAGUGCAUCUGCCCAGCUGGCAGUUUCUCCUCGCGGGGAGCUGUGCACAGUUUGGUCUCUGCACUUCUAGUGUUAAGGAGCUGGUGGUUAUAAAAACAAAUCAAAACAAUGCCUACAGUAUGUUUAUCACAUACCUAAUCUCUAAACCCUGACCUCUAACCCCUGAGUCGUGUUGUGGUCCUCUCACAGCAGGUAACCCGCUGGUGUGCUUGGAGGCCCGCUUCAAGUGUCGUAACGGACGCUGUGUGGACCGCAGCUUCCUGUGUAACGGACAAGACAACUGUCAGGACAACAGUGAUGAGGAACACUGCCUCACCACCGCAGGUAAGGAGUUACACGCUACAUAACUACACGCUAGCUACACACUAACAUGUCUACAUGCUAAUGACCACCAUAGAAAGGCAGCCAUACGUCAAUUACAUGCCAACUACAUGUAACAGAGCAGUAUUGCCUGACCACCGCAGGUAUGCAGCUGCAUGCUAACUACACACAAACUACAUGCUAUCACGGCUACAAGCUAAUGGGAUCACAAUCACAAGGCACCAUUAUUAUCCUUAACAGUGUUCACUAGGAUUCAAUACUUGGCUUCCUCUUGCACUCCAAGCCAACUUUUGCAGACUUUAAGUCAGAAGCAAGACUCUAGCUUGUUGUUCCUGCAGAGACAGUUGACAUGUUCCUCCAUACACAUCUCCCAGACCCCCGUGGCCUUCAGAACAGAUUACAGCACAGCAGAGAAGUGAAGCUCAGGGUUUACCGUGUUUAUUUUCCCUCUGUGCUGAGGAGGAGAAGGGGGAGUUUAAUCUACAUAACACACACGCGCAAAGGUAUACACACACACACACACACACACACCAUCUAUGUUCCCUCCCCUAGCAGUUCCUCUCUCUCUCUAAAAUAAGAGCAGAGGUGCUGCAGGUGACAGAUAAGGCACACAAUAUCUCCUUUAAGACACCUGAGCUCAGCCCACAAUCCCCUCUUUGUCUCCACACUCCCCUCUUCUUCUCCUUCACCUCUCCUACUGUCCUCUUCCCCCACACCCCUCUUCUUCUAUAUUCUCCUCCACCUCUCUUCCUGUCCUCCCCCACAUCCCUCUUCUUCUAUAUAUAUUCUCAUCUACCUCUCUUCCUAUCCUUCUCCCCCACACCCCUCUUCUUCUAUAUAUAUUCUCCUCCACCUCUCUUCCUGUACUUCUCCCCCACACCCCUCUUCUUCUAUAUAUAUUCUCAUCCACCUCUCUUCCUGUCCUUCUCCCCCACACCCCUCUUCUUCUAUAUAUAUUCUCCUCCACCUCUCUUCCUAUCCUUCUCCCCCACACCCCUCUUCUUCUAUAUAUAUUCUCCUCUACCUCUCUUCCUGUCCUUCUCCCCCACACCCCUCUUCUUCUAUAUAUAUUCUCCUCCACCUCUCUUCCUGUCCUUCUCCCCCACACCCCUCUUCUUCUAUAUAUAUUCUCCUCCACCUCUCUUCCUGUCCUUCUCCCCCACACCCCUCUUCUUCUAUAUAUAUUAUCUUCCACCUCUCUUCCUGUCCUUAACCCCCACACCCCUCUUCUUCUAUAUACAGUGGUGGAAAAAAGUAUUUAGUCAGCCACCAAUUGUGCAAGUUCUCCCACUUAAAAAGAUGAGAGAUGCCUGUAAUUCAUCAUAGGUACACGUCAACUAUGACAGACAAAAUGAGAAAAAAAUAUCCAGAAAAUCACAUUGUAGGAUUUUUAAUGAAUUUAUUUGCAAAUUAUGGUGGAAAAUAAGUAUUUGGUCAAUAACAAAAGUUUCUCAAUACUUUGUUAUAUACCCUUUGUUGGCAAUGACACAGGUCAAACGUUUUCUGUAAGUCUUCACAAGGUUUUCACACACUGUUGCUGGUAUUUUGGCACAUUCCUCCAUGCAGAUCUCCUCUAGAGCAGUGAUGUUUUGGGGCUGUCGCUGGGCAACACGUACUUACAACUCCCUCCAAAGAUUUUCUAUGGGGUUGAGAUCUGGAGACUGGCUAGGCCACUCCAGGACCUUGAAAUGCUUCUUACGAAGCCACUCCUUCGUUGCCCGGGCGGUGUGUUUGGGAUCAUUGUCAUGCUGAAAGACCCAGCCACGUUUCAUCUUCAAUGCCCUUGCUGAUGGAAGGAGGUUUUCACUCAAAAUCUCACGAUACAUGGCCCCAUUCAUUCUUUCCUUUACACGGAUCAGUCGUCCUGGUCCCUUUGCAGAAAAACAGCCCCAAAGCAUGAUGUUUCCACCCCCAUGCUUCACAGUAGGUAUGGUGUUCUUUGGAUGCAACUCAGCAUUCUUUGUCCUCCAAACACGACGAGUUGAGUUUUUACCAUAAAGUUCUAUUUUGGUUUCAUCUGACCAUAUGACAUUCUCCCAAUCCUCUUCUGGAUCAUCCAAAUGCACACUAGCAAACUUCAGACGGGCCUGGACAUGUACUGGCUUAAGCAGGGGGACACGUCUGGCACUGCAGAAUUUGAGUCCCUGGCGGCGUAGUGUGUUACUGAUGGUAAGCUUUGUUACUUUGGUCCUAGCUCUCUGCAGGUCAUUCACUAGGUCCCCCCGUGUGGUUCUGGGAUUUUUGCUCACCGUUCUUGUGAUCAUUUUGACCCCACGGGGUGAGAUCUUGCGUGGAGCCCUAAAUCGAGGGAGAUUAUCAGUGGUCUUGUAUGUCUUCCAUUUCCUAAUAAUUUCUUCCACAGUUGAUUUCUUCAAACCAAGCUGCUUACCUAUUGCAGAUUCAGUCUUCCCAGCCUGGUGCAGGUCUACAAUUUUGUUUCUGGUGUCCUUUGACAGCUCUUUGGUCUUGGCCAUAGUGGAGUUUGGAGUGUGACUGUUUGAGGUUGUGGACAGGUGUCUUUUAUACUGAUAACAAGUUCAAACAGGUGCCAUUAAUACAGGUAACGAGUGGAGGACAGAGGAGCCUCUUAAAGAAGAAGUUACAGGUCUGUGAGAGCCAGAAAUCUUGCUUGUUUGUAGGUGACCAAAUACUUAUUUUCCACCAUAAUUUGCAAAUAAAUUCAUUAAAAAUCCUACAAUGUGAUUUUCUGGAAAAAAAUAACUCAAUUUGUCUGUCAUAGUUGACGUGUACCUAUGAUGAAAAUUACAGGCCUCUCUCAUCUUUUUAAUGCACAAUUGGUGGCUGACUAAAUACUUUUUUCCCCCACUAUUCUGCUCCACCUCUCUUCCUGUCCUUCUCCCCACACUCACCGCUUCUUUUCCUCUGCGUCUCUUCCUGUCCUCUUCCCCCACACUCCCCUCUUCUUCUCUUCCACUCCCCUUUUCUUCUCUUUCGCCUCUUCUCAUCAUACUCAUUUUCUUUUUCUCUGCCUCUACUCCUCUCUUCCUCCCCCACAUGUCAUUUUUCUUUCCUCCUCCUUUUCCUCCUCAUCUCCCCCACCUUCACCCCCACUACACUCUUUUUCUUCUCCUCAGCCUGUCCUCCUCUCCUCCUAUCCUACUCUCUGGUGAAAGUCCACCUAGUUACCUCCCUGGAUUGUGUAUCUGCUAGGUCGGACAUCUCCUGUAGUCGAAAUCUGUUUGGGUUACCUGCCUCUAAGGUGUCUGAUAAUUAA